AUGGUUCAUGCUCAGCAGAUGGAGGAGGAGAAGCUUAAGGAGAAGGAAAAUAAGAAUAAGAGGGAUAGAACUAGUAGUUUUAACAUCUCUCAGCAAAGACAGGAUAAUCGGGAUAGAGCAGCAGGUUCUAGGUACCAAGGUAGUAUGGACAGUAGUCACACCAAUCCAGUCUACAAGAAUGUGAUAUGUAGAAGGGCAGGAAUGAUCAUCAGCAGGGCCAGACUAAUUCUUCAGCAGCACCAGCAGGGUGUCACUUCUAGUGCAACCAGUGGCCAGCAUCAGAAUCAACUCUAUGCCCUUCAAACUCAACAGGAUCAGGAAGGCUCUCCUAAUAUGGUUACUGGUACGUUACAAGUCUUCCACCUUCAAGUUUAUGCAUUACUAGAUCCUGGAGCCAUACUGUCCUUCGUAACUCCUUAUAUCAUCGUAGACUUUGGCAUUGUCUGUAAAAUCUUACAGAACACUUCUCCGUAUCUACCCUAG